AUGAUAGUUAUUUCAUAUUUCACUAAAAUUAUUUCCCUAUUUAUUAUUUGUUCAAUUACUUUGGUUGAAUCGUUCAACUGUCCAUUAACUCCAAAUCCUCAUGAAGCCCUUCAAACCUUCAUUAUUCAUCUCUCCCCAACGGCCUCAAGAGAUGUAAUAAAUAAUCACUUUGCAAUGUUAACAUCUUGUUUUAAUAAAAAAAUUAGCAGUGAUUUAACUAUUCAAUCAAGUAAUCCUAGCAUUAUUAGAGAUGUCAGUUUUGGAUCGUUCAAUUGUUACAUUGGAAAGUUUGAUCCUAGUGAUGCUGCUAGAUUGGCUAAUUUACCUGAGGUUCUUAAUAUAGAACGUGACAGAGCAUUUAGAAUUAAUGCAGUUCUAGCCUCUGGCCCUCCAACAACAAACGCUCCUGUGGUUCCUUCUAAAACGCCUAUCAAUCUGGAUCGUAUUGACCAACCACACCGUCCAUUGAAUGGAAAAUAUACUUUUCCUAAAAGUGCUGGAUCUAAAGUAAAUGUUUAUAUUAUUGAUACAGGUAUUAAUGUAAAUCAUACAGAAUUUGGAGGACGGGCAACACUUGGUCCUGUUUUCUGUAAAGGAUGUCCGAAUAAAGAUGAUUUGGGUAUGUCUAUAGCUGGCCCUAAGUCAGACGUUUUGAAUAAUGCAACUGAAGAAGUAGGUAAAAAGGGUGUUCAUGUUGUUGUCGGUGCGGGAAAUUUCGGAAUAGAUGCUUGUGAAGUCUCACCAGCAUCAGCACUUAAUGCCAUAACAGUUGGAGCUACUGAUACUGAUACUGAUAAUGAUAAUAUCGCAAGCUUUUCAAACAUUGGAAAAUGUGUUAAUAUCUUUGCACCAGGCACGGAUAUCACUGCAGCUGGUAAUAAGUCUCCUACUGACUUAUUAACAGCUUCAGGAACCA